GCUUACAAAGUACUCAAAGCAACAAAAUAUGAACAAGUUCUAAAAAGUGCUCCCAAAGCCAGAAAACUUAUAGGAUUUACUGAGAACUCCGCCAAGUUGUUCCUCAAGAAUACUGCCGUCCUCAAGUUCAGCCAAAAAGCCGGAUCGUUUUUGAAAGCAAUGAAAGUGUUUAAAGUUGCAGGAGUGGUAAUGUCAAUCUUCAGUAUUGCUCUGGAUUUAUUCAACAUCAUAAGUACCUUUAGCGGUUGUGCUGACAAGAGGGACAGAGCAAGAGAAUCUUGUGACAGGCUCCAAGAAGCUGAAAAUAAUGUCACAACCACAAGGAAUAAUGUCAUUGAGUUCGAAAACAUUCUCGAAACUGGGAUGGAAGCUAAACUAAUGGGAGAAAUUCGAAACUGCGAUUUACAUUCUGCCUUGGCCCACAUAAAGGACACAAUUGCAGGCCUUCCAAAGCCUCAGAAUGGUAUAGACAGAGAUUUUGACACUGAAUAUUGCAUACGAGCAAUCCCAGAAUUCCUUCAAAGGGUAAAAGCGACAGKUGUUCCGAUAGAAGAAAUAAAAAAUGGAAUGUUAGACAUCGUCGACAACUGUAUAGAUAAACUGAAAUUCUCCUAUGAGUGUUUGAAGACAAGACUCUUUUUGAAUUCUCAGAUUACUUCGAGUUGUAGAAGUGGAUUGCAUACAUUUGAUGAAAUUUACGAGCAGCAAAGUAAUAUGACAGCAAACAAACUGGUGCUUGACAAUUGCAUUAGCAAAGGUGAAGCGUACACGACUAAAGAAAUGUUCAAACAAUCACUGGAGACUGCAAGCAACCAAGCGGGCAUGGAAUUUUACACUGAGAAUUGUAAAAUGAACAACCCAGCGAAUGUUGGAGAUAUUUGUGAAGGAAAUAGUGUCUCAGGCCUUACACAAGCGGAAAUACAGACAGUGAGAACCGAAAAGUGCAAAGGUGGAAAAGCACCAAAAAUCAGCGCAGACAAUCGAAAGGAGAUUUGUAUGUCUCKGGCGUUUGGCGUUGAUGUCGAUGAAAUUAUCGGUGACAUGAAGGAUAGCAUUCCAGGCCUGACAGCUGAUGAUAUCAAUGGUCUGGACUGUAAUUAACCAUAGAUAGGAUGAAAUUGAAAAAASUGUCAUGUGUAUGUAUGUGAAAUGCUAUUGUAAUAUWUAAUGUUCCAAAUGAGCUCUGCUAACUGGAACAAAAAUUGCCAGUAACUGCACAAUUUUCUUAUGUUUAAAGCAAAGUGUUUGUGCUUGUGCCUUCAUAAAUUUAUCUUCAAAUGG